GCACCGGACCGCGAGGCCGUGAGCGCGCACGCCGCGCCCCGCUACGCCGCCGACGUCCCGGAGCCGCCUGGGCCACAGGUACCUGCAGAUGAUGUCCAUUGCCAGUGGUGUCCAUCAUUUGCCAGGCUGAUCCAUGGUCACUUUCCGGGAUGGCAGCAAGGUGACUUCAGCUGAGGAUGACCCUGACUGAAAGGCUGCGUGAGAAGAUAUCUCAGGCCUUCUACAACCAUGGGCUGCUCUGUGCAUCCUAUCCCAUCCCCAUCAUCCUCUUCACAGGACUCUGUAUCUUAGCCUGCUGUUACCCAUUGCUGAAGCUCCCAUUGCCUGGAACAGGACCUGUGGAAUUCUCCACUCCAGUGAAGGAUUACUUGCCCCCGCCUGCGGACUCUGACCACAAACAAGGAGAGCCCAGUGAGCAUCCGGAUUGGUAUGUGGGUGCCCCUGUGGCAUACAUCCAGCAGAUAUAUGUGAAGUCCUCAGUGUCUCCCUGGCACAAAAACCUUCUGGCAGUAGAUGUGUUUCGCUCACCUCUGUCCCGGGCAUUCCAGCUGGUGGAGGAGAUCCGGAAUCACGUGCUGAGAGACAGCUCUGGGACCAAGAGCCUGGAGGAGGUUUGCCUUCAGGUGACAGACCUGCUGCCAGGCCUCAGGAAACUGCGGAACCUACUCCCUGAGCAUGGCUGCCUGCUGCUCUCCCCUGGGAACUUCUGGCAGAACGACUGGGAGCGAUUCCAUGCUGAUCCUGACAUCAUUGGAACCAUCCACCAGCAUGAGCCCAAAACUCUGCAGACCUCAGCCACCCUCAAAGACUUGCUGUUUGGUGUUCCUGGGAAGUACAGCGGAGUGAGCCUCUACACCAGGAAACGGAUGGCCUCGUACACCAUCACGCUGGUCUUUCAGCACUACCAUGCCAAGUUCCUGGGCAGCCUGCGUGCCCGCCUCAUGCUCCUGCAUCCCAGCCCCAACUGCAGCUUUCGGGCAGAGAGCCUGGUUCAUGUCCACUUCAAGGAGGAGAUUGGCAUUGCCGAGCUCAUCCCCCUCGUCACCACCUACAUCAUCCUGUUUGCCUACAUCUACUUCUCCACACGCAAGAUCGACAUGGUCAAGUCCAAGUGGGGGCUGGCCCUGGCCGCUGUGGUCACAGUGCUCAGCUCACUGCUCAUGUCCGUGGGGCUCUGCACUCUCUUCGGCCUGACGCCCACCCUCAAUGGCGGAGAGAUUUUCCCGUAUCUGGUGGUGGUUAUUGGGUUAGAGAAUGUGUUGGUUCUCACCAAGUCAGUGGUCUCAACCCCAGUGGACCUCGAGGUGAAGCUGCGGAUUGCCCAAGGCCUCAGCAGUGAGAGCUGGUCCAUCAUGAAGAAUGUGGCAACCGAGCUGGGCAUCAUCCUGAUUGGCUACUUCACCCUUGUGCCUGCCAUCCAGGAGUUCUGUCUCUUUGCCGUCGUGGGUCUGGUGUCUGACUUCUUCCUUCAGAUGCUGUUUUUCACCACUGUCCUGUCCAUCGACAUUCGCCGGAUGGAGCUAGCAGACCUGAACAAGCGGCUGCCCCCUGAGUCCUGCUUGCCGUCAGCCAAGCCAGUGGGGCGGCCUGCCCGCUACGAGAGGCAAUUGGCUGUCCGGCCAUCCACGCCCCACACCAUCACACUACAGCCAUCUUCCUUCCGAAACCUGCGACUCCCCAAGAGGCUGCGUGUCGUGUACUUCCUGGCCCGCACCCGCCUGGCUCAGCGCCUCAUCAUGGCUGGCACUGUUGUCUGGAUUGGCAUCCUGGUAUACACAGACCCCGCAGGGCUGCGCACCUACCUUGCUGCCCAGGUGACGGAACAGAGCCCACUGGGUGAGGGCUCCCUGGCCCCCAUACCUGUGCCUAGUGGCGUGCUGCCUGCCAGCCACCCGGACCCUGCUUUCUCCAUCUUCCCACCUGAUGCCCCUAAGCUCCCUGAGAACCAGACGUUGCCAGGGCAGCUGCCUGAGCAUGCCGGCCCAGCAGACGGUGUCCAUGACAGCCGAGCGCCCGAGGUGACCUGGGGGCCUGAGGAUGAGGAGCUCUGGAGGAAGCUGUCCUUCCGCCACUGGCCCACACUCUUCAGUUAUUACAAUGUCACACUGGCCAAGAGGUACAUCAGUCUGCUGCCAGUUAUCCCUGUCACACUGCGCCUGAAUCCCCGGGAGGCUCUGGAGGGGCGGCACCCACAGGACGGCCGCAGUGCCUGGGCCCCACCCGGACCUUUGCCUGCUGGGCUCUGGGAGACUGGGCCUAAGGGGCCAGCUGGGGCCCAGGCCCACGGUGAUGUUACCUUAUACAAGGUGGCAGCACUUGGCCUGGCAGCGGGCAUCGUUCUUGUGCUGUUGCUGCUGUGCCUAUACCGUGUGCUCUGCCCGCGGAACUAUGGUCAGCCAGGCGGUGGUCCUGGCCGGAGGCGGCGUGGGGAGCUGCCCUGCGAUGACUACGGGUACUCACCGCCCGAAACAGAGAUUGUGCCACUGGUGCUGCGUGGGCACCUCAUGGACAUCGAGUGUCUGGCCAGCGACGGAAUGCUGCUGGUGAGCUGCUGCCUGGCGGGCCACAUCUGCGUGUGGGACGCACAGACCGGAGACUGCCUCACACGCAUCCCACGCCCAGGACAUCGCAGGGACAGUGGAGGAGGAAGCGCUUUUGAGGCCCAGGAGAACUGGGAACGGCUGUCAGACGGCGGCAAAACUAGCCCCGAGGAGCCCGGAGACAGCCCUCCACUGCGACACCGAACCCAGGGCCCUCUGCCACCUUCCCUGUUUGGGGACCAGCCAGACCUCACCUGCUUAAUUGACACCAACUUCUCUGUGCUGCCGUCAGCCUCAGAACUCACUCAGCCAGAGCCCAGGCACAGGGUGGGCUGCAGCCGAGCUCAGGACUCCGUGGGCUAUGACUUCAGCCGCCUGGUGCAGCGUGUUUACCAGGAGGAGGGGCUGGCUGCGGCGCGGAUGCCAUCUCUGCGCCCACCAUCCCCUAGGCCCAUGCUGCCUCAGGCCCCUGAAGAUGACGGGCUCUCUCUGGAGAAGGGCUCCCCUCCCCUGGCCUGGGCCCCCAGUGCAGCAGGCUCCAUCUGGAGCCUGGAGUUGCAGGGCAACCUCAUCGUUGUUGGGCGCAGCAGUGGCCGGCUAGAGGUGUGGGACGCCAUCGAGGGAGUGCUCUGCUGCAGCAGUGACGAGGUCUCUUCUGGCAUCACCGCCCUCGUCUUCCUGGACAAGAGGAUUGUGGCUGCUCGGCUCAACGGUUCCCUUGAUUUCUUCUCCUUGGAGACCCACACAUCCUUCAGCCCUCUGCAAUUCAGAGGGCGGGGCAGUUCUCCCUCAUCUUCUGUGUACAGCAGCAGCAACACAGUGGCCUGUCACCUGACCCACACCGUGCCCUGUGCACACCAGAAACCCAUCACAGCUCUGAAAGCUGCUGCAGGGCGCCUAGUGACUGGGAGCCAAGACCAUACACUGAGAGUGUUCCGACUGGAGGAUUCCUGCUGCCUCUUUACCCUGCAGGGCCACUCAGGGGCGAUCACAACUGUGUACAUUGACCAGACUAUGGUGCUGGCCAGUGGAGGACAAGAUGGAGCCAUCUGUCUGUGGGAUGUGCUAACCGGUAGCCGAGUCAGCCACAUGUUUGCUCACCGUGGGGAUGUCACCUCCCUCACCUGUACCACCUCCUGCGUCAUCAGCAGUGGCUUGGAUGACCUCAUCAGCAUCUGGGACCGAAGCACAGGCAUCAAGCUCUACUCCAUUCAGCAGGAUCUGGGCUGCGGUGCAAGCUUGGGUGUCAUCUCGGAUAACUUACUGGUGACCGGUGGCCAGGGCUGUGUCUCCUUUUGGGACCUAAACUACGGGGACCUGUUACAAACAGUCUACCUGGGCAAGAACAGUGAGUCGCAGCCUGCUCGCCAGAUUUUGGUGCUGGACAACGCUGCCAUUGUGUGCAACUUCGGCAGUGAGCUCAGCCUGGUGUAUGUGCCCUCUGUACUGGAGAAGUUGGACUGAGGGCAGACUGACUAUGCAAAAGCCCCCUUGCCCAGGUGGGGUGCCUCGGUGGGGGGGCAAGACAUUGGACCUAACUUGGGGCAGGAGCUGAGCAUUUUCUGGCAGCUGUCUCUGACACUGCCCUGCCUCUUGACUGUAAUAUUAAACUUUUUUAAAAAUCGCA